GGGUUUAUUGUUUCGUUUUAAAGCGAAAGUAGGCCUACAGCGUAAAGCAGACGUUCAUUAAGAGCAGAGGAGCAGCUCCUCUGAGGCAUGCUCAGAAAGGUGCGCAGGGACUCACAGAUGUUUAAGUUCUCCUGGGUUUUCCUUCGGGUAUAUUUGCAUGAGUCUGAACAUUUGAGCGCUUAUCCAAACAAAGACAAAAAAGGGGAAACAGGGCAAUGGUUUGAUUUGACCGCUGCUCGUUUUCCCACCCUUUAGAUGUUGGAGUUUCUCAAUUGAUUUUGUUUGAUACAAACUAUUUGUCUCUGGGAUUGAAAAAAACAGUUGCGCUCUCACCUGAACCUGCUUCAGUUGAUGCCGAGUCCUAUGACAAUGAGCGUUGACCACCAGUCGGUUGCUACAGCGCCGCUGGAUCUGAGCACCACAGGUCGAGGGCGCAGGAGCGGGGGAGACCUAACCUUCUGCGACGGAGACGCGCGGGCGAGCGGCGGCUCACCUGCGCCUCCCGCGAGCACCGGGACGGACAGUUCAGUGUUGCGCCGCUCCCCGGACACGGACAGCACACAUUCCCGCAAAAGGACAGCGGACGGAUCUCCCAUAAAGAGUCCGUCGACUCUUCCUUUUAGGAAACGGCAUUUUCUUGUCGAAGCGGAGACACAGAAGCCGGCUGCAGCUGCAGAGGAGCAGACAGUCCGGGAGCCCGCGCGUCCUCGCUUGGGGAAAGCUGAGGAUGAAACCAGGUUCGGGGUUGCGCCGGUGACCCACAGGCGGACCGAUCAGGCAGCUCACAGUCCGGAAGGCUAUCCCUGCUGCAUUUUACCACUUAUUAAUUACGGUCACUACCCAGUGUGCUGCCUAACCCCCUUUCCAGAGCCACACCACCCACAAGUCCACCAGACCGACAACCUGCUGGCAGGAAUCUCUUUGGCCAAACAUCAGGAUGAAGAUGGAGACACCCCUCUCCAUAUAGCUGUGGUUCAAGGGGAAUUGCCAAUCGUCCACAAACUUAUCCAACUGCUGCUGUUGGCUCGUACAGGCCUUGAUAUUUACAACAAUCUCCGACAGACCCCUCUUCAUCUGGCGGUGAUAACCAAGCAAGCAAACAUAGUCGAGGUUUUAUUGAGAGCUGGGGCCGACCCUGCAGUCUUGGACCGCCAUGGCCAAACAGCACACCAUCUCUGCUGUGAAUAUCAGCAGCUUGACUGCCUGUCUGUACUGCUGUCUUUGUCGUCGUCCUCCCCAUGCCUGGAGAUCAGGAAUUUUGAAGGUCUCAGUCCACUUCAUUUGGCUGUGCUGCAAGGCCAUCAUGAUUUGACCAAAAUGCUGCUGGAUGCAGGAGCUGAUAUCAAUGCAAUGGACAUUAAGAGUGGCCAGAGUCCUCUCAUACAUGCUGUGGAAAGCAAUAAUGCAGAUAUGGUGCACUUCCUUAUUGAGAAUGGAUGUGACGUUAACAGCCAGUCCUACAGCGGGAACACAGCCCUCCACAUCGCAUGUGGCCGAGGUCAGGUGGACACAGUCCGGCUGCUGUUGAAGAGUGGAGCCGACAGCAGUCUAAAGAACUACCACAAUGAUACACCAGUAAUGGUGGCCAAGAAUAAAAAAGUGAGAAAAUGGCAGCCUUGUUUAACUUUACUUUAUGGUUAUUUGUUGCUGCUUUUAGGAAAAUCUUGUUUCAGGAAAGCAGGAAACCCCCAACAGAUCUCCAAUCUUGUAAUGUCUCACUAUAAAUUAAAGAUGGAAAAUCCCACCUAUUCACUUAAGUUACAUCAGAACAAAAACAAACAAUUGCAAAACCAGGUUGACUCAGCUUAGAUUAGAACCAAAGCUACCA